AUUGUUGAGCCGUGAGCGGACGGUGAUUGUAGGUAGUUUUAUGUUGCCAUUUCUUUAAUACCAUCUGAUGUGUCGCCGUAUAGUGUUGAAUGAAGAGAAACCAUCGACCAUUCGGUAUUAGACUCGACGGUAGUGAGGUUCAGUUAAAUCGAAGAGAAUUCAUUUCGCUCUGUGGAAUUACAAACGAAGCCACGGUACUGUAACGGUAAAUUCAGUGUAGAGAAAUUGUGUGCCGACGAAAAUAAUUUGUGAAGUGAUUUGAAUGAGACGUUGUUAAUUGGAAAAUAAAAUAAAAAUCGCACAUCACAAUGAGUGAAACGAUGUAUGGUAGUGUGUACGAAGAGAUCACAUCGUUGUUUGUUGACACGAUGGUCUUUCUGUUCAAAUCGAUAUUUUUCCUAUUGGAGUCAUUCUAUCUCACAAUAUUGCCGAACCGAUAUAGGAAACUGAAGGAUGUCACAGGUCACGUGGUAUUGAUUACGGGAGGCGGUGGAGGUGUUGGAGCGAAUCUAGCCAAAAAUUUUGCCAAACUAAAUGCGCGAGUGGUCAUUUGGGAUAUUAACAAAGAUGCCAUAAAAACAACUGUUGAUCUUCUGGCCCGGCAUAACCUGGAAUGUAAGUCAUAUGUUGUGGAUAUUUCCAAUCGUGAACAAGUCAACGAAACUGCUAGACGUGUAAAAGACGAAAUUGGAAAUGUAGACAUUCUUAUAAACAAUGCUGGUAUUGUGGCAUGUAAACCAUUAUGGGAACUCCCGGAAAAGGCGAUCGAAAACACUUAUUCCGUCAAUAUAUUAUCACACUACUGGACGGUGAAGGCCUUCCUACCGGAAAUGAUGGAAAUAAACCGCGGUCACAUUGUCACAGUUGGUUCAGUUGCUGGACUUUUAGGAACCUACGGAUGUACCGACUACAGUGGAACUAAAUUCGCUUGUGUCGGCCUCCACGAAAGUCUUUACAGUGAACUGAAAACACAUGGAUACGAUAACAUUCAUCUGACAUUGGUGUGUCCGUAUUACAUCAACACCGGAAUGUUCUCUGGCGUGAAGCCACGACUAAUGCCGAUGUUGGAGCCAGACUAUGUUGCUGAUCAGAUAGCAUUGUCUGUUCAGAAAAAUGAAGUUAACUGCACGUUACCUGCAAGCACUAGGAUGUUGCUGCCAUUGAAAUGUUUGUUGCCCGCAAAAAUGUGCUGGGAAUUGAUGUCACGCGUGAUGAAAGGUCCCACAUCAAUGAGAAUGUUCAAAGGACGCGGACGAGUAGCAGCUGGUUAGAAUAUAAUUUCGAAUGAUUGAUUUAUUAUUUUAUGCUUUACCUUCUAAGUUGGCUAGGCUUUUUAGGGCUUGAAUCGAACAGAAAGAAAAA